AUGAGCUUUGGGGGUUUCCUCGACGCCGGCAGCGCCGGUGCAAGGGUGGUGGCGGAUAUCCCAUAUGGCAGCGGCGCCGCCUUGACUCAGCCGCGCCUCGUCGCCCCCUCCUCCCUCCCCAAGCCCAUGUUCUCCUCCCCGGGCCUCUCCCUUGCCCUUGUAAGAAAAGGGCCCCUCUGGUCCUCUUCUUCGUCUGCAGAAGACCUCUCCAUCGUGUUUUUCAAUUUCUUCUCGUGAGUUUAUGCUGACUGGUUCACUUUUUUCUUUCUCUGCAGCAAUCGAACUUGGAGGGUGGCGGAGGGGAAGUAGAAAUGCUAAGAAGAUUUGCGGAAGUAGGGGACUUCGACGCUGCUGCCGGCGGCGGCGGCGGAAGACACACUGCCGAGAGGAACACCGGCGGGGGGCAAAAGGAGGAAGAGUACGACAGCAGAUCGGGAAGCGAAAACCUCGACGGCGGUUCCGGCGACGAUGUGGACGCUGACCACCCGCGCAAGAAGAAGAGAUACCACCGCCAUACUCCUCACCAGAUCCAGGAGCUGGAAGCGUAAGCCGAUGAAGAACUCUCUCUCUCUCCUUGUGUUCGCUCGCUCCCUUCGUGAGUCUGUUCAUGGGUCAGCUCUCUGCAACCCCUUGGUGCAGACUGUUCAAGGAGUGCCCUCAUCCGGACGAGAAGCAGAGGAUGGAGCUAAGCAAAAGGCUGCGCUUGGAGAGCCGCCAGAUCAAGUUCUGGUUCCAGAAUCGGCGUACCCAGAUGAAGGUAAUCACUGAUGUGAAUGGGGGAAUUCUCGAUUUAUGCAGCUUAGUUGGGAAGAGAACAACAAUUUGAUCAUGAACCAGGCCCAGUUGGAGAGGCACCAGAACGCGCUCCUAAAGCAGGAGAACGACAGGCUGAAGAUGGAGAACAUGGCCAUCCGGGAGUCCAUGAGGAACCCUCUGUGCCCGAGCUGCGGCGGCGGCGCCGUCCUCGGGGAGGUGUCCUUCGAGCAGCAGCAGCUGCGGCUGGAGAACGCCCGCCUCAGAGACGAGCUCGACCGUGUCGCCAUCAUCGCUGAGAGGUUCCUCGGUCGGCCCCUCGCGCUACCUCACUCGCCGCUGGAGCUCGCGGCGGCGGGGAACGGCUUCUCCGGCUUGGGUGAGUACUUCCUGCCGGUGGCCGGCAUGGAGAGGCCGCCGCCGCCGCCGCCGCCGCCGCCGCCGCUAGAGAGGGCCAUGUUGCAGGAGCUGGCCGCGGCGGCCAUGGACGAGCUGAUGAAGAUGGCGCAGAUGGAGGACCCCCUGUGGCUCAUGGACGCCGCCGGCAAACGCGUCCUCAACUCCGACGAGUACCUCCGCAUCUCCUCGCAGUGCCUGGGGCCGAAACCGCCGGGCUACGUCACGGAGGCCUCGAGGGAGACCGCCGUGGUGAUCAUCAACGCCGCCGUCCUCGUCGACACCCUCAUGGACGCGGUGAGCUACUCCGUCGACAUCUUCUUUCUCCUCCGAUCUCUGAUACGAGCUGUGUAGAACCGACGACCGUUACAGUUUCCCUAUUAUUUUUUUGCAGAAUCGCUGGCCGGGGAUGUUCCCUUGUAUGGUCGCGAGGACGGCGACCACCGAUGUCGUCGCCGCCGGCGACGGCGGCGGCGGCGGCGGUCGGAGCGGUGCACUCCACUUGGUAAGAGUUCUUCAACUCACCAUCUUCCCUCUCUCUCUCUCUCUCUCUCUUCUGCCAUUGUCUUCCUGACGUCGGCAUCCCUUUCAGAUGCGAUCCGAACUCCAGGUUCUCUCUCCUUUGGUGCCCACUCGGGAGGUCAGUUUUCUGAGGUUCUGCAAGCAGCACACGGAGGGCCUCUGGACCGUCGUGGAUGUCUCCGUGGAGAGAACCGGCGACAAUCCAUCGUCCCCUCCGACGUGCCGGCGUCUUCCCUCUGGCUGCCUCCUCCAGGACAUGCCCAAUGGCUACUCCAAGGUAUUCUCUCUCUCUCUCCCUCUGGGUUCGCAGACUCCUCGAGCUCAGUGACUUUCUCGGAAGACCAAACCCUCCUCUUUUAAGUAUAUUUUCCGCAGACCUCUCUGAUCCACCUCCGAAUGUGGUUCUUUGUCGCCUCCUCCUCCCUCCCCGAUGUCAAUCAACAUGGGGGCUCUAGAGGUGGCAGGCAGGCAGGCAGGCAGUUAGUAGGUCAACGCCUAUGUAAUCUCGCCGGGCGGGUGCUCUCCGUUUUUAGAGAGAGACUGGUGCAAUCGCACCGCCGCCGGUAAUGGCGGAAGAGGUCCUCCUCCUAAGCUGGUGCGGUGCUGUGCGCAGGUCACGUGGGUCGAGCACGCCGAGAACGACGACUCCGCCGUCCACAUGCUCUACCGCCCGCUGCUCCGCUCCGGCGCGGGGUUCGGCGCGCAGCGGUGGCUCGGCGCCCUCCAGCGGCAGUGCGAGUGCCUCGCCAUUCUCAUGUCCUCCGCCGGCGCCGCCGGCGACCAAACGGGUAGGUGAAACUCGCCGCCGCUGCUUCCCUAUCGACGGCGAAGGCCCACUGCUCACACACACUUCUUCUUCCCCUUCCCCUCUCUCCGGCAGUGAUAUCGGCGGCGGGUAGGCGGAGCAUGGUGAAGCUGGCGCGACGGAUGACGGACAACUUCUGCUCGGGGGUCUGCGCGUCGUCGGCGCACCGGUGGGCGCGGCUGAGCCUAGGCGGCGCCGCCGUGGGGGAGAACGUGCGGGUGAUGACCCGCAACAGCGAGACUGACCCCGGGGAGCCGCCGGGAGUGGUGCUCAGCGCCGCCACCUCCGUCUGGGUGGCCGUCGGACCACGGCGGCUCUUCGACUUCCUCCGGGACGAGGGCCUCCGCAGCGAGUGGGACAUCCUCUCCAAUGGCGCCCCCAUGCAGGAAGUCGCUCACAUCGCCAAGGGUCAGGACCAUGGCAACGCCGUCUCCCUCCUCCGCGCCUGCGUGAGUUCUUCCUCCAACCCUAGACCCUCUCCCCCCCUUCCCCGUUCUUUCUUCCCCAAAAUAGUGCGCAUCAUUCAUUCGUUCACUCAUUUUUUGCACCAAGAAAGUAAAAACUUGUGGUGCAAUAUCUGCCCAAGUAACUCCCGUGCAUCCAUGACUCACUUGCUUGUAUUGCAUGAUCGAUCGACCGUCAAAAGUUUCUAUUUUUAUUCGGAAGAGAAUAAAGAUCGCUUUUUUUACGUAUAAUAGCGCGAGUUUGCGAUGAUUAUGAGAAAAUUAAAAAAUGGCUUGUUUUGGGUACCGGUUCCGAAGUCUGUAACUUUUUGGGGGGGGCCGAAGAUGAGCGUUCCACCGAUCGGGCCUCCGCCGUCGGCGGCUCUGUCAGAUAACGGAUGACGUGCAUGCAUGAACCCUACAUGGCUAGGAAUAGAAUGUUUUCCCCCAUCUUUUUAGGGUUUCCUUCUUCUUCAUCCUCUUCUUCUUAGCUCCGUCAUCUCCUCCGGGUCAUCUGCGCAGGCCGGCGGCGCGAACCAGAGCAGUAUGCUGAUCUUACAGGAGACUUGCACCGACGCGGCGGGGUCGCUGGUGGUGUACGCUCCCGUCGACACGCCGGCGAUGCACCUAGUCAUGAACGGCGGCGACUCAUCCUGUGUGGCGCUCCUCCCGUCGGGGUUCGCCAUCAUGCCGGACGGGAGGGCGGACGGGCAGCGGCGGAUCGGCGGCGCCGGCGAGGGCCCGGGAGGCGGCGGCUCGUUGUUGACUGUGGCCUUCCAGAUACUCGUCAACAGCCUCCCGGCGGCGAAGUUGACCGUGGAGUCAGCGGAGACGGUCAACAACCUGAUAUCCUGCACCAUCAAGAAGAUCAAGGCUGCCCUCCACUGCGAUAGCUGA